UUCUCUUUCCAGCCUGGUGGAUGGGGAGCCGCGCUGGCCGACAGGCUGGUCAGAAAAUGUGACGUUCUGAAUCGUGGAUUUUCAGGUUACAAUACAAGAUGGGCCAGGAUCAUCCUUCCACGGUUAAUCAGGAAAGGGAACAGCCUGGACAGCCCGGUAGCAGUUACAAUUUUCUUUGGUGCCAAUGACAGUGCACUAAAAGGUGAGAACCCAAAGCAGCACGUGCCCCUGGAAGAGUAUGUCGCAAACUUGAAGAGCAUGGUGCAGUACCUGAAGUCUGUGGACGUCCCUGAGAAUCGGGUCAUUCUCAUCACGCCGCCCCCGCUUUGUGAGCCAGCCUGGGAACACGAGUGCAUCGCGCAAGGAUGCAAAUUAAAUCGCCUGAACUCAGUUGUUGGAGAAUAUGCCCAUGCGUGUUUGCAAGUGGCCAAGGACUGUGGGACGGACGUGCUUGACCUGUGGACCCUGAUGCAGCAGGACAACCAGGAUUUCUCGUCCUAUCUGUCAGACGGACUCCACCUAUCGCCAAAGGGAAAUGACUUUCUGUUCUCACAGCUCUGGCCUCUGGUGGAGAAGAAGGUCGCUUCUCUGCCCUUGCUCCUUCCUUACUGGCGGGACGUGGAGGAAGCACGGCCCGAGCUGAGUCUGCUGGGAGACGGAGACCACUAGGCAGCCGUGAGAGCCGAGUCCUGGUCGUCCUCCGCCGAGGAGGCAGAGCAAGCGCUUUUUUUCCUCAUACUUAAACCUUUGCUCAUGGUUCAUGGAUCAAAAAAAAUUACCCUUUGUGGGGCCAGCAGGUGGUGUGGUGGUUAAGGCGCUGGAAUUCCCACAUGGCUGACCAUGGUUUGAGUCCUGGACCUGGUGGCUUGCGUGUGCGUGCUCUCUCUCUCUUUCUCUGACCAAACUCAUGUGAAAUAAUAAUAAUAAAUAAAUAAUUCUUUAAAAAAAAACUGUUAAAAAAAUUACCCUUUGCUACCAAUAUGAAUAAAAUAGGAUUUUUCAGGGAAGCUUGUUAAGUAGGUUCAUUCUGUGUUGGUAUUGAACAUUUAUUGAUUGUAGGUACCAUCAGUGCCAUGGCUACAAAAUAUACCCCAAGCAGAUUAAUUUCUAUAAAUGGCAAAAAAAAGGGUAAGAACAACUGUUUUUUUAAAAAGUCACAAUUUUAUAAAAAUGGUUUUCUUACAUUCUGAGAACUGUUUCACACAUACACCCAAUACACCCCACUCACCUCAUCAAA